GUGUGUAUCAGUGGGGCGCCUGGCACCAGGGAGCAGCAGUGCAGCCUGAGCACAUCUGGAGCUUCUUUAUCAGUUUGAAACAGACAGCCUUUGUUAAGAGACUGUGUUUCAAGCCCCUCAGAGGCACUGUGAGGUUAUGUCUGUAACUCGGACCGACCGCCCGCCCCAUCUCACUCCAACAGCUGCCUGAGGACUGGAAACAUCUGCAAGCCCCCCUUGUUCCGGAGUGCAGAAAGGGCGAAGCAGCAGCUGAAUGGUUCUGUUCCACGAGUCCUGCAGGGAACAUCUCCGGAAUGACGCUCGGCUGUGAGCAGCUCACAUCCCAAGCUGCUCCUGGAUGGGACAAGCCGAGCAGCCUCCAUCUGGAUUCAAACAUCUGUAGCAGCUUCAGCUGAGCAGAGAUACCUAACAGCAAGCCUGCCGGGAGGAGAUGAAUGAGAUGAAAGAGUUUUCUAAAGAGUUUCAGUCUCUGGCUCUGAGACCCCCGAGUUGCUCUUCAGCUUCUACAAAGAGACGGUUCAUCAGGCUGCGAAGGAAGACCAGGGAUGGUCCUCAGUCAGCUGUAUCCACCGUGUCUUCCUGCCGGUCAGCUGAGGGUGCAGCCGUCAAACCACACGGCCAAAAUCGCAUCCGUCGCCACACCAACCACCUGUCAGACUUCUUCCUCCGCAGCCCUGCAGCUGGCUCAGGCUCCAUGCUACAGACCACAGGGCUCAGGGCAUCAUGGUCUGUCCAGGCCAGGAAGGGAAGCAUGGUCUGUCCCAAAGCGCUGCCAGCUGAUGACCCAUCUGAGCUGUCCAAUCAGAUAACUGCCCCGGGAAUCCUGAAGAUCUUUGGAAAUGAAAUCUGUGAAGGCGCUCACUACAAGAGCGUCCUGGCCAGCACACACUCCAGUGCGAUGGAGCUCAUCAAGGAGGCCCUGGAACGGUAUGGCCUGAGCAAAGAGGAUGCUGAGUCCUACGUCCUGUGUGACACCAUUGGCUCGAUCGACAAACAUCAGUGGAGGACAGAAGGCUUCAGAGUGGUUGGCGAUCAUGAAAAACCUCUCCUUCUGCAGUCACUUUGGAAACCUAAAGAAGGUUUGGUGCGACGUUUUGAAAUCCAACGAAGAAGUCRGAUAGAGGAGAAGAUAUCAGGAGAGAAGGACACAAUUACUGCUGGUAUCAAUGCCCAGGCUCGUAAGCUGCAGAAGAGCCGAUCCAGAGUCACCUCCACCCUCUUAGAGAGGACAGUGGGUCAAAGCCAGAAACUUUGGCGGAGCAAAAGUGAGAUGGAUCUCUUAGAUGAAGAGGCCAAACAUGACACACAUACCAAGGAUCAACACAAGAGCCUCAAUCCUGCUUCCUUUCCCAGUUCCAAGUCCCUCAUAGCAAGCCCUGAACAGAAUCGCAUUCAUGGCGUGGCCGUCCUCUCUGAGGUGGACGCAGAGUCAGACGCCAAAACAGAGAGCCUCUGUGUGUCGGGGCCGAGAGGCGAGCGGGAAGGAGAGGAGUCUGAGAGGGAGGAGACGGAGAGCAGCGAUGAUAACACCACACAGUACUCCAUUCACCCGCCUCAGGACUGUCCAUACCUGCUGCUGCUUCAGGGCUGCAGCCUUGCACAGGACUUCAUCAUCUACCUGCUGGCAGCUCCACAUGUUGUUGUGGGUCAACAAAGUGCUCCUGAAGACAAGGUGAAGACUGACAUCCCUCUCUUUGCCAACGACAUCCUCUCACAACACUGCUCUUUCCAGCGCCUCAGUGUUGGCGGUCCCAUCAUGCUCUGCCCCUGUCAGGAUGCUGUGGUCACGAGAAACGGUGAAAUUGUGAAAAACGCCGUCCGGCUGAGCCCCAGCGAUGUUAUCGGGAUGGGGAAGCACUACCUGUUCCUUUUCAGGGAUCCUUUAAGUUCAACACAUGAGGAACCUAACAGUUCUGAUUCUGAACCCUACUCGUCUCCUGCGGUUCCAUGGAUGUUGAGCCACAGCCCUUCAGCAGCAACGAACCACACAACAGAAUCAGUCCUCUGCAACAGCUGCAUCUCCAGUGGCACCGACCACCAGAGCUCAGACAGCAAACAGCCUCUGAACAGAACCACUCCUUUACUAAAAUCCCCCGGAGGCCACAGUCUGACUUUGGACUACCGAGCUGAGGAUGAAGAUCGGAUUGUCAGGGAGAUUGUUUCAAUGGGAGGCAGCAGCAGAACCCCACUAACUGUGUCCUUUUUACUGAUCACGUGUGUUCAGUGUUCAGCAGCACGUCUUCAUUCCACCGACCUCCGCAGGCUCCUGCUGCUUAUUGCAAGUGGAUUUCAGAGUGCCAUGUGGGACUGUACUACAAAGCUAGCCACAGUUCAGACUGAAGUUCACACUGUUAAAGGGUCAAACCRUGAAAACCUUGAGCCAAGCAGCCCGCACAAGAUGAUCUUGGGGCUACGCCCCCUGGUGGUGUGGAUGGCCAACAGCCUGGAGUUGCUGCAGUUUAUUCAACACCAGCUGCCUCUGAUACUGGAGUGGAGGAACCAAGAAGAUCACAGGCAGGAGCUGAACAAAGAGUGGGAAGGUGAUGAACACAAGGAAGUGGAGAACUUAGCAUCGUUGGAGCUCCGCUUGUCUCACAUUCGAUCAGCCUGUGAAGAAACCACGGCUGUCUUGGAGGAAGUACUCAUGCUCGCCUUCCAGCAAUGUGUCUACUACAUCACAAAGUUUCUUCACCCAGUCCUUCCAGGCCUUCUGGACUGCAACCCAUUCAAGGAAAGCCCUGACCUUUGGGUGUCAGGUGACUGUGGUCAGGUCCCGGGCAGUGAUGGCCUUCAAGCCACCGGAGAGAUCUGGCAGGUGGUGGAGGUUUUGGACGAAAUCUGGAAACUACUCUUUGACUGUCAGGUCCACCAGGAGGUUUCCUCACAGCUCCUAGGCUACCUCUUUUACUUCAUCAACGCAUCACUCUUCAACUCGCUCAUGGAGAGAGGCUCAGAGCCAGGUUUCUACCAGUGGUUCAGAGGCGUGCAAAUGCRAGCCAGUCUUGACCUGCUCCUGGACUGGGGUCGUGCUGUUGGACUGGCAGAAUUGGCUUUGGAGCACACACACACCUUAUCUUCAGCCAUCAAUCUGCUGGCUACACCUAGAAAGACCUUACUGCAGACACCUUGGACAUCUUUAUGCACUGAGUACCCUUCCCUGAGCCCAGCCCAGCUGAACCACCUGCUGAAUCUUUACAGCCCARCAUCUCCCUACAGACAGAUUUGGACUCCGUCAGCACAGGAUCAAGCAGCAACCCAUAAAACUGCUGACAUCCUGGUGAGCUUUGACACCCACCAUCCACUGGUGCUGCCUGAUGAGGGGUACCAGUUUCAGCUAAGGACCGCAGUCGCAAGCUCAGCUUUAAGGGAACAGCUGCACAAGCUUAAAGAUUUUAUCACCUCCCUGUCAGAGUACCAGUUAGAUACUGCUGAGGCUGGAAAGGUCCAGGGUGGUGCUGCUCAGACGGAAAUGACCCAAACUGAUGUAAACACCCAUGAAGCCCGCAGUUUGGACUCGUCCAACACAUCAGCAGAUGAGCUGAUGUUAUUUCAGGUUUUGCUUCCAUCCCCCUCCUCUGCUGCCCAGGAUAAGCUCAGCUGUGACAGUGCACACAUUUUGGCCCAAAAGCUGAUAAAUGUGGAGCUGCAGAGCAAAGAGACAGAGAGCAGUGAGUUGAAGAGGGCAGCUCUGGAUACUACCCUGAUCCUGACCCCACCUCAGACCCCCAACAUGAUGGAUCCAGGUGAAGUGGUGAAGACCGAUGGUGACAGUGAAGGUGGGUUUGUGUUGGAAUGUCUGGCUGCGCUGAAGUCAGAGUGCAGCAGAGCAAACAGACUUACAAAGCUGAGGGAGGAAGAGGUGGAAGAGUUUGAGGAAGAGGAGGUAGAUGACAAGGUUUUCAUGUUGGAGUUGGAGCGAGGGGAAGGAGGAUUUGGUCUGUCAUUGGUGGACACAAGGGACAUGUCGGUGGAGGUGAAGGGGGUCUUUAUCCGAACAGUGGUCCCAGACUCCCCAGCAGCCCAGUGCGAGAAGCUGGGGCCAGGAGACCGGAUCCUGGCUGUCAACGGAGUCAGUCUGCUCAGCCUGGAUUACGAGAGUGGGAAGGAGUUGAUCCAGUCAGCAGGCGCCAGACUGAGAUUACUGGUGGUGAGAUCUCCCCGCGUGGCUGCAGCUGCACACACUGUCUGCUGACGCUGCAGGCACCACUGAUGCACCCGUGGCACUAAACAAGACUCUGAAACCUUCAACUUCUAUGCACUAUGAAAUGACUUGUUUUAAAUGGUCAUUUUAUUUUAGAAUCCUAAUUUCAGUUACAUGUGUUUAUGUGUUUUUGUGACUAAAGGCAUUUACAUUUCAAAUGAAUAAAAUUUUACUUCAAAACACUAGAAAUGGUAAGGUGGAGGUUUGGAAACAACCUGAACUUGACACUUUUGUCCUUUCUGUAUGAGGUUAAAGGGAUAUUCGGGUCCACUUGAGCUGACAUACUCUGGAGAGGUCAUGAAAAAUGAUCAUCUCACCUGCUGAAAAUAGCUUUUUGAACAACUUCAGUUUGGUGAAAAAAGAUCAUUUAGAUUUUACUGCUAACACCAAGGUGGAC